GGGAUGGAGGUGACACUGUUGCGGACGUCUCUGGAAAUGAUGGGAGUCUUGAUUUCAUCACAGCCCAAACCACAUGGAUGUCCCAGGUAUCUACGGAUUCAUCAGAUACUGCUGGGCAACAAACAAAUCUUGAUGGUGCCAUGGAGGUGAACAGACAGCUCCACACUGCCUUGCAGAGAAAACAGGACGAGAUCUCUGCGCUGAGGGAGAGAAAUGCCCAACUGAAGGAGCUUGUCCGGCAGGCAGAGCAGCUGGCACAGAUAAUAAACAAGCGUCCACCCAGCUUAGAUAAGCACCAAUGGGAGUAUACUGCAGUCCACAACACACAGCACGAAGAAAACUAUUAUUCAUCCAUGCUGAAUAACACACCAACAGACCAAGCAUGUGGGUUUCCCUCUGACUCUGGUCUGAGUUCACAGCUAGGGUCUGCGAGCCCACUGGCUGGAUUGAAAAGAUGCCUGUGGCCCUAUCAGGAGGACGAUGAUGCUACACUGUCAUUUCUCGAUGAAGCUAAAAGGAGGAAAGUAGACGGAGAGCCUCUGCAAACUGAGUUGCAGCAGUAUCUCCAGGACAUUGAGUGGGAUCUUCAGCAGUCAAAGGCUGACUCCAAAGACCAGACAGAGGCACCAACGUCAGAGGCAGUCAAUGUUUACGGAGUAUUCCACGGAUUGCAGAUUGUGAGAACUAGUCAGUCGACCGACACAGACUCGUCAUCAGUUGGGGAACCCAUGUGUUUCAAGACCUCCAUCAGAGAGCAUGGCACUAUCAGAACUCAUGUGUUAUGUACCGGAACAAGUUUCACCUCUCCAACCCCAUCAGGUGGAUAUAGGUUUCUUUGGAUACCCAAAUGA